GUUUUUAUAGACAUUUUAUCUCUGGUAAAUUUUUAUCAAGGUUACAGACAGUUUUUCAAUUUUUUUAGCUCGUCUAGUUCGGCGUAUCUAAAGCCUGAGUACUUUACAGGAAAAAACUAAAAAAGACAAAUUCGAGUUUGAGAAUCACCUAUUAAAUACUAACAUAAUGUCGAUCCGAAAAAUAUUGGUAGCUACUAAACCAUUGUCCAGAAGUAUUCAUGGAAGCAAACCUUUGCUUGGCGAAGAUGCCCGUUUAAAGGAUUUAAAGGAAUGGCAAAAAUUUUUCCAACAACCUGAUGGUGUACCUGUUUACCUGAAACGUGGAAUGACAGAUCGACUUUUGGUUGGUUUCAUUAUCAUUGGUACAUGUGUUGGACUUGGAAACUCAUUCAAGUAUUUGUACGAAGAAGUUAUUAAACCAUGAAUAAUGUACUCUUGUAGAUUUUACAGUUAGUUUUGUAAUUAUAAUAAUAAUACUGUGAGGAAAUCUGUUAAUAAAUGAUGUAUUAUUAUUAAAAAUA